ACACACACACAUACCAAAAAUAAAGAAGUAACCAACAGAAAGCUCUGUCAUUUUUUACUACGGCCGCUCUAAGGCUAAAACUUUAUCUACUUGGCUUUAUUUUUAGGGGCCCCGGGAGCUGCGUGGCCCCCAGUGUGUAAGGUGUAUGCAAAGAGUCUUUAAUUUUAUUUAGUAAGAGGAAAUUUAGUGUUAUGCAAUGGCUCGGGGGCUGUUUUGAAAGCAAUUGAGAAAGCGCAUCGAGCUAGAGUACGUGAAGCGGAGAAGACUCCAUGUUGUCUUCAUACAGAAUGGAGGGGUACAUCAUGCCACCUAAAAAAAGCUGGACUGGCUGGAUGUCACAGGCACCAUCUGAAUUUAAAGAUUACUGGGCACUUGUAAAUAAAGAUCCAGAAGAUUUGAUCUAUGAAUCUGACAUUUAUCGACAACCAGUGGACUAUCCGUAUAUCUCCAUCGAUGGAGAAAGCCAUAGUGUAGAUCAUACUUGGGAAUACAAUGCACACCAUGUCCACCCUGGGGACUUUGACAAUUUGACAGAGAACCACUUCACAGAGCUCCAGAGUGUGCAGCAGGUCCAUCCUUCCACUGUGCACCGCUUUCCUGAUGUAGAGACUAGCCAGUUUAUGGAACCCAGUCUGGCUGGACAACAUCUGGCACUGCAUUCACAGGUGCCUUGUUUGCCCCGGCCAACUGUGUAUUACCCCCAUAGCGUGCAGCCCUCAACACAACUGCGCAGUUCGGAUGAUGAUGACCCUGGCAGCCGCAGUCCCCCACUGGAGGUGUCUGAUGAGGAGUGUACGAGGGAACUUAUCAGCUCUACCACUGGAGUAGAACAUGGAAACAAGAAGAAGAUUCGUCUGUAUCAGUUCCUGCUGGACCUUCUGCGAAACGGGGACAUGAAGGAAAGCAUCUGGUGGGUGGACAAAGAAAAGGGAACUUUCCAGUUCUCCUCCAAACACAAAGAAGUUUUGGCCCACCGCUGGGGAGUGCAGAAAGGCAACCGCAAGAAGAUGACCUACCAGAAAAUGGCCAGGGCACUGAGAAACUAUGGCAAGACUGGAGAGGUCAAAAAAAUCAAGAAGAAGCUCACAUAUCAGUUCAGUGGUGAAGUGCUGGUAAAGUGCCACAUGGAAAGGAAGAUGUACAUGUGAAGAGGGAGAACAAUGGACAGAAAGACAGACAGAUAAACAGAAAGAAAGAUAAAAAAGAAAGUGAUAGUAGAGACUUGAGUGUCUGUUGAAAAGAAAGCUCUACUUGUUGAACUUGGAGCAUUAGACGAUUUGCUUGCCCUUUACAUUCCAUUUUAUAUUAUUCACCUUUGCAUUAAUUCCACUGAACUUCAUCUAUGGACUUCCAGCCCAGAGCCAACACAACCAUUUCAGCUGCAUGUCCAAUUAAAACACGAACGUUCUGUUCUCUAAACAGAAGAGAAACAAUAAAUAUACAAAAAGAAAACUCUGAUACAUUUAAGAGAUGAAGUGUAACGAGUUAGAAAAUUAAACAGAGCAGCUCUUGUGUAGAAGCUGUUGUUAACAUCUUCACUGAUCAUUAGGGGGGUGUGGGGUAUGUGUGGGGGUGGCGAAUUUACAAAAAUACAAAAGCAGAAGUGAAAACAAAUGACACAGGCUCACGCUGUAUGGAAAAUACGGCUGUCUCGUCUGGCUAACACACGCACGGUGACUCUGUAUAUACCAUGAAGGGUGCUUUUUUAAAAAAAAAAACCCUUGUUUAAGGGCUUUAAGAUUUAAAUAAUUUUGUAUAUGAAUAAAUCUUUAAAAAAAAAUAGUAAGACCGCUAAAUCAGAAUGGUCGCAUAAUCUUUACACUCGUUCAGAGGGAACUGGUUUCACAAUGUCUAUUAUUCCCCAGUAAAUCCACUUUGUGAGUAUACAGAUUCAUAUUUUGUAAUAAAGCUUGAAAAUGUAUUUAAACUUA